AUGAAGAGUUUGCUCCUGACCUUCUUGCUUCUGGGGCUGGUGGCUGUUCUGAAGGCCCAGGAAGUCCCCUUGGAUGACCAGGAGGAGCUUUCUGGGACCUGGCACAUAAAGGCCAUGGUAUGUGACAGGAACCAUACAGAGACGGAGGGCCCCAAGAAAGUGUUCCCUAUUACAGUGACAGCCCUGGAAGGAGGGGACUUGGAAGUGGAGAUGACAUACCGGAAGAAGGGCCAGUGUCACAAGAAGAAAAUCGUGAUACACAAAACUGAUGAGCCCGGCAAAUACACUGCCUUCAAGGGUAAGAAGGUCAUCUAUAUUCAGGAGCUUUCUGUGAAGGACCACUACAUCUUCUACUGUGAAGGCCAGCAUCACGGAAAGUCACGUCGCAUGGGGAAACUUGUCGGGAGAAACCCCGAGGAAAACCCAGAGGCCAUGGAAGAAUUUAAGAAAUUUGCCCAGGGCAAGGGAUUACGACUGGAAAACAUCUUGGUGCCUGAGCAGAGGGAUCAGUGCAUCCCUGAGAGUGACUAG